AUGGCUGCCCAGGGGCCCCUAACGCCGUCCGCCGCCUACGGGAUGAUCAGCAUCUCGGAGGCCCAGGCCAUCGUGCUGGAGCACUGCCGCGUGCUUCCUGUGGAGAGAGUGCCGACCCACGAGGCGGUCGGGAUGGUGUGCGCGGAGGCCGUCGUGGCAAAAGACCCCUUGCCGCCGUUCCCGGCGUCCAUCAAGGAUGGCUAUGCAGUUGUAGCAUCGGACGGGCCAGGGGAGUAUCCAUUGGUUGGGGAGGCACUUGCUGGAACGUCAGGCUCUCUGAAGGUGGAGCCUGGUACUGUGGCAUAUAUAACAACAGGUGCUCCACUCCCUCCAGGAGCUGAUGCUGUCGUUAUGAUUGAGCAAACUGAGGCACUGGCUCCGGGUGAUGAUGGCAGGAAGCGUGUGAAGGUCAACAAGGGGGUGGUAGCAGGGGCUGAUGUGAGGCCUGUGGGCGUGGAUAUUGGAUGUGGCACAGUAAUUUUGCACCCAGGCGAUCGAAUCGGCAUUGCAGAAGUCGGCCUGGCAGGGAGUGUGGGCGCUGCUGCAGUCUCUGCCUACCGCCGUCCCUGUGUGGCUGUCCUGUCCAAUGGCGACGAGAUUGUCAGUUCAGACACAGCCAGCCUAGGACCUGGCCAGAUCAGGGACUCCAAUCGCCCCAUGCUGUUGGCAGCCGCCCGUGAGACGGGCGCACUGGUGACAGACAUGGGAAUCGUUGGGGACAAGCAGGGCUCCCUGGAGGAGACUUUUGAGAAGGCCAUUCAGGAUGGAGCUGAUGUCAUCAUAACAUCAGGAGGAGUUUCAAUGGGUGCUCGGGACUUGAUCAAACCCCUUCUUGAAAAGAAGGGAACAAUAUACUUUGGAAAAGUUUGCAUGAAGCCAGGGAAACCUCUCACAUUUGCAACCAUUGAGGACAGUGGCAGUGGCAGAACUAUCCUUGUGUUUGCACUCCCAGGAAAUCCUGUGAGCAGCUAUGCUUGCUUCCAUCUGGUGGUUGCAUCUGCUCUUCGCAAGUGUCAAGGUUGGCGGGAACCCUCACUGAGGCGUGUGCACGUCCGGUUGUCGAGUGCGGCCAAAAUGGACAGUGGCAGGCCCGAAUUUCAAAGGGCACGCAUUCAUUGGGAAAGCGACGGCGAGGGCGCGGGGCAAUUUGUUGCCAAGGGGACUGGGUCCCAAUUGAGCAGCCGGCUGCUUAGCGCAUUGUCUGCAAAUGCCCUGCUUGAAAUUCCGCAGGGUACCGGCGAGGUGCCUUCCGGCGCAACGGUUUCCGCUGUGCUGGUGGACGAUUUGAGACACAUGUCACUGCAGUGA